GAGACGCAGACGUGUGCAGACCAGAGCACAGCAACUCCACAGAGACAAGAGAGCAGAAGAGUUUGCAAGGAGAAAAUAAGAGAAAGAAAGAAAGCUUUUUUUUAAAUCAGCAAACUGUGGUGGAUAUCAUACCUACAUCAAAAGAAAUAUAGAAGAACAAAAAGGAGUUGCUUCACAGCUAAUAGGAAAAUAUUAGCAUUUUUUCUAGUUUUGUCUUCAAUUUAUAAACACCACACAUAUUUCAUUAUUUUAGAGGACUUGCGAGGUGUAGCAGGACUCUCUUUUUUCCCCAGAGAAGCAGAGAAAGGUGGACAGAGAGAAGUAAGGGUUUUGUUGAAGAAGAGCUGGCAGCAGUGUUGGUGUUGAAUAUGUCCAUCAGAAGGAGCUGCUUUGGGGCAGGCAUGGGACGGCUUGCACUCUGGAUGUGGGUGGUGAUGCUCUCCGCUCUGCUCAUGGGCCACAGCAGCGCCUGCCCAGCCCUGUGUACCUGCAGUGGCACCACAGUGGACUGCCAUGGACUGGGUAUCAAAACCAUGCCAAGGAAUAUCCCCCGCAACACUGAGAGAUUGGAGCUGAAUGGGAAUAACCUCACACGCAUCACGAAGAGUGACUUUGCUGGACUCAAGUACAUCCGAGUUCUGCAGCUGAUGGAGAAUCAGAUUACUGUGAUCGAGCGUGGGGCUUUUGAUGACAUGAAGGAGCUGGAGAGACUGCGGCUGAACCGUAAUCAACUGCAGCAGCUUCCUGAGUUGCUGUUUCAGAAGAACCCUGGCCUGUCUCGACUAGAUCUGAGCGAGAACUUUAUCCAGUCCAUCCCCAGAAAAGCCUUCAGAGGAGCUACAGACAUCAAAAACCUUCAGCUGGAUAAAAACCACAUCGGCUGCAUCGAGGAUGGAGCCUUCAGAGCUCUGAGGGGCUUGGAAGUGCUGACGCUGAACAACAACAACAUCAGCAGCAUCCCUGUCUCCAGCUUCAACCACAUGCCCAAGCUACGAACCUUCCGUCUCCACUCCAACAAUCUGAACUGUGACUGUCACCUGUCGUGGUUGGCGCAGUGGCUCAGACAGAGGCCUACGAUUGGUCUUUUCACCCAAUGUACUGGCCCUACUGAGCUCAGAGGACUCAAUGUGGCAGAGGUACAGAAACACGAAUUCACCUGCUCAGGUCACCAGGAGUCUUCCAGCCCUCAGCCGUGCAGCAUCGGUGGAGGCUCUUGCCCCGCCAUGUGUACCUGCAGCAACAACAUAGUGGACUGCAGAGGGAAAGGUCUAACCGCCAUCCCAGCCAACCUGCCCGACACCAUGGCUGAGAUACGUCUGGAGCAGAAUGGGAUUAAAUCUGUUCCUCCUGGAGCCUUCUCUCCCUACAAGAAGCUGCGUAGGAUAGACCUGAGCAACAACCAGAUCUCAGAGAUAGCUCCCGAUGCCUUCCAGGGCCUGCGCUCCCUCAACUCCCUUGUGCUGUAUGGAAAUAAGAUCACCGACCUGCCCAAGGGGGUGUUUGACGGCCUCUACGCCCUGCAACUGCUGUUGCUGAAUGCCAAUAAGAUUCACUGCGUUCGUGCCAACGCCUUCCAGGACCUGCAGAAUCUCUCACUGCUAUCACUCUACGACAAUAAGAUCCAAACUGUUGCCAAGGGCACCUUCACUUCACUACGAGCUAUACAGACCCUUCACCUGGCCCAGAAUCCAUUUAUUUGUGACUGUAAUCUGAAGUGGCUGGCAGACUACCUGCGCUCCAACCCCAUCGAGACCAGCGGUGCCCGCUGUGCUAGUCCUCGCCGACUGGCUAACAAGCGUAUUGGACAGAUCAAGAGCAAGAAGUUCCGCUGCUCCGCCAAAGAGCAGUACUUCAUCCCAGGUACAGAGGACACCCGUCUGAAUAAUGCCUGUAACAGCGAUCCAGUCUGUCCUCCCAAGUGCCGCUGUGAGUCGAACGUAGUGGACUGCUCCAACCUCAAACUCACCAAGAUCCCCGAGCACAUCCCUUCAUCCACCUCUGAACUCCGCCUUAACAACAAUGAGAUUACAACUCUGGAGGCAACUGGAGUUUUUAAGAACCUUUCCCAGCUUAAGAAAAUUAACCUCAGCAACAACAAGAUCACAGAGAUUGAAGAUGGGUCAUUCGAAGGUGCGUCAUCUGUCAAUGAGCUUCACCUCACGGCCAAUCAGAUCGACUCGGUCCGGAGCGGGAUGUUCCGCGGCCUUGAGGGGUUACGCAUGCUGAUGCUGAGGAACAACAAGAUAAGCUGCGUCCACAACGACAGUUUCACAGGGUUGCACAACGUCCGCCUGCUGUCUCUGUACGACAACCAGCUGACCACAAUCACUCCAGGAGCAUUCGACACUCUGCAGACUCUCUCCACACUUAACCUCUUGGCCAACUCAUUCAACUGUGACUGCCGGCUGGGCUGGCUCGGCGAUUGGCUGAGGACUAGGAAGAUCGUGACCGGUAACCCUCGCUGCCAGCGUCCUGCCUUCCUGAAGGAGAUCCCUCUGCAGGAUGUGGCUUUGCCUGACUUCCGCUGUGAGGAGGGGCAAGAAGAGUCAUCAAGCUGUGUGCCCAGACCCCAGUGUCCCGGUGAAUGUACUUGCCUGGAGACUGUGGUGCGCUGCAGUAACAAGCACCUCCACACACUGCCCAAAGGCAUCCCAAGGAACGUGACUGAACUGUAUCUGGAUGGAAACCAGUUCAGUGUUUUGCCAAAGGACCUGUCUGCCUUCAAAUACCUACAGCUGGUAGAUCUGAGCAACAACAAGAUCAGCUCUCUCACCAACUCGUCCUUCGCGAACAUGAGCCAACUCACUACUCUAAUCCUGAGCUACAACUCUCUGCGUUGUAUCCCAAAAAUGGCCUUCAGUGGACUGCGCUCUCUCAGACUGCUGUCUCUCCAUGGCAACGAAAUCUCCGAGCUUCCUGAUGGCAUCUUUAACGAUGUGGCCUCACUUUCACACUUGGCAAUUGGUGCCAACCCCUUGCACUGUGAUUGCCGCCUGCGCUGGCUGUCAGACUGGGUGAAGACUAGCUACAAGGAGCCUGGCAUCGCCCGCUGUGCUGGUCCUCAGGGCAUGGAGGGGAAGCUGCUGCUCACUACACCGGCAAAGAAGUUUGAAUGUACAGGUGGGUUAUUGUGUUGGAAACAGAAAUAUAAUGUUAGCAGCUCUAGAAUAUACCUGCAAUUCAUUUUUAUUGGUUUGGCAUUUCCUUUAGGUGAUGUGGACACUACAGUGCAGGCCAAGUGUAACCCGUGUGCGUCCAGUCCCUGUCUCAACCAAGGCAUCUGUCACAGCGACAUGGUGGAGGUCUACAGGUGCAGCUGUCCUCCAGGUUUUAAGGGCAAGAACUGUGAGACAGCUCUGAACGCCUGUGUGAGUAACCCCUGUGCUAACGGAGGAACCUGCCAAGUGGAUGAAGAGGCGGAGGGAGAAUACCGUUGCACAUGUCCACUGGGAUUUGAAGGCCCCAUUUGCCAAACCAACAUUGAUGACUGCGAUGACAACGACUGUGAGAACGGAGCGACCUGCCUCGAUGGAAUCAACAACUACACUUGUUUUUGUCCCCCCUACUACACAGGGGAGAUGUGUGAAGAAAUGGAGGAUAUGUGUGCCCCUGGACAAAGCCCCUGCAAACAUCAGUCUACCUGCCUCAUCACCUCCAGUGGACCCAAGUGUGUGUGCUCUCCUGGUUAUGUUGGUGACGACUGCAGUGUAGACUACAACGACUGUGAAGAGCAUCGCUGCCAGAAUGGAGCUCAGUGUGUGGAUGAGCUGAAUGGAUACUCCUGCGAAUGUCCUGAAGGAUACAAUGGUCAGCUGUGUGAGGUCGCCCCGUCUCCUCUGUCCCUGUGUGAGCUGGCCGACUGCCAGAACACUGCCCAGUGUGUUGAGCGAGGUGGACGGGCCCUCUGCCAGUGUCCCCCGGAGUUUGGGGGACCACGCUGCGAGAAGCUUGUCAGCGUCAACUUUAUUGACAGAGACUCCUACCUGCUGCUCUCUGACCUCAAGAACUGGCCACAAGCUAACAUCACACUACAGGUGUCAACAGCUGAGGAUAAUGGCAUCCUGCUGUACAAUGGAGAAGAUGAUCAUAUUGCUGUGGAGCUCUACCAAGGUCAUGUCAAAGUCAGCUAUGACCCAGGCAGCCAGCCAGGACAUGCCAUCUACAGUACCGAGACUAUCAACGAUGGCCAGUUCCACACAGUGGAGUUGGUGACCUUUGACCAGAUGGUGAACCUGUCCAUUGACGGGGGUCUCCCUACCACAAUGGACAGCUUCGGGGCGGUGCGGCCCCUCAACGGGGAGGCUCCACUAUACGUGGGGGGUAGGGGCCCUCUCCAGAACACACCUCCCUCCUCUGCAGGCAUGCCGGUGGAUGUACAUUCAGGCGCUUUCCGUCUCUGGCAGCUCCAAAACGGCUCCAGUUUCCAUGGCUGUAUCCAGAACCUGUACAUCAACAAUGAGCUCCAAGACUUCACCAAGACCCAGAUGAAGCCUGGCGUGGUACCCGGCUGCGAGCCCUGCAAGAAGAUCUACUGUGUGCAUGGCAUCUGCCAGCCUGACGGGGCUCAGGGACCUGUGUGCCACUGCCAGCCGGGCUGGAGCGGGCAGCAGUGUGACGAGCCUGUGCUCAACCCCUGCCAGGGCAGCAAGUGCGUCCAUGGAAAGUGCAUCCCACUGGACACUCAGUCGUACCGCUGCGAGUGUGCAGAGGGUUAUCGUGGCGCCUUGUGUAACCAACAGGGAGAGCUGUUCAACCCCUGCCGUCGCUUGACCUGCAAACACGGUCGCUGCCAGAUCUCAGACACAGGCGAUGCCUACUGUCACUGCGAGAGUGGCUACACUGGGGAACUGUGUGAUGCAGAGUCUGAAUGCCGAGGGGAACCUGUGCGAGACUUCUAUCAGGUCCAGCGAGGCUACACCAUCUGCCAGACGACACGCAUGGUCUCUUGGGUGGAGUGCUCCGGAGCUUGCGACACCGGGGCCUGCUGCGCCAGCCAGCGAAUGAAACGCCGGAAAUACACCUUUGAAUGCAGCGAUGGAACCUCCUUCAGCGAGGAAGUGGAAAAGACCAUCAAGUGCGGCUGCGUGGGCUGCAUGUAGCACCAUUCACUCACAUUUCCUGCCGCUGCCGCCGAGCAGAAGAUAGAAAGAGAGAAAGAAAGGAUAGAAGUAGGAAGAGAGAGGACUGGAGGAAAGAGAGGGAGGGAGGGAAAGAAAGAAAGAGAGAGUAUAAAGAAUAUAUAUAAAACCUCUAUCUAUAUAUUAUGGACAACAAUGUUUGUAAAAUAGGACAUUUCCUCCCCUUACCAGGGUGUGUGAAUUACAGUAACACAGAGAAACCAACAUCAUGAGCAACAAUGUAGAUGUGACAACAACGGCAACAGAACCAUUGCAUCUGCAACAUUGUUCCUAGGGGUCCAGAGAUUUCAAAAGUGUUGCAUUCAGAGUGAAGCAUCCCUCCAACCCAAAUUACCCGGUGUGAAUUCCCCAUCCAUCUGUGAGGCCUCUGACAGCCUAACCACCAUCUACCAUCUUAACCUCGUGGAGGCAGUGAGGGCAGUGGGGGUCCAGCCUGGCCAAGAAUGGCAGAAGGAAGGCAGAGAAAGACACAAAGAGAGAAACAGGAGAAGAGACUUUGACUUGGCAAAGCUAUCUUGAGUUGAGCUUGGCUGGGUUACCCGGACUGGGCUGGAUAUGGCUUGGGUUGAGUUAAAGUUGUUGUUGGUUUGGUGUAGCAAUUUCUCUGCCAGGAAACAGUCAUCCAUCCACACAUGCACACGUAGAAGGGAACAAUGAAAAGGUAGGGUUAGAGUGGCACAUACUCCAGUGUGGAUGUCGUGGCUUCGAGGCCCGGUGGCUUCCCAGUUGUUUGCUGUGAGGUACCUUAAUGUAGAAACUCCAUAAAAAUAGAGACUGCACUGACUAGCAGCACUGAAAAAUGACAUACACCUCUCUGUACAUCAUCACACGCAUGGCAUACAUACAUUUACAGUCUUAAAAAAAAGUGAGAGGGCUUGUGUGGUAAAACUAUCUAUUCUGUUCGUACAGCAAACCAAUCUGGUGCUGGCAUUGACCAGUGAUUACCAAUCCCCCAGCAUGCAUUGCCUCAGGGUUAGGAUGAUUUGCAUAAUCCCACACCCUUCAGAGCAGGAGGCCGCUCCUCUCGAUGCCUGCAGUAUUAAACUUGUGCAAACUGUUGCAUGUGUGGAGAAGAGUUUGCCAACAAAUAUGUAGAGCUCCUUAAUAUCGUUAUAAAUGUUAUUACAAAACAAAAGUUUGCAGAAUCAUCUUCUGGUUUCUGUUUUGUUCUGUCUAAUUUCUCAUAUUGAUAUGUUUUUAUUUUUGUUAUAUUUUGUCUCAUGAUGUAACCUAACUCCUUUAGCUGCCCCCAACCCUCCUCAACAACUCUUUAUAUAGAAAUGCCUAACAGAUUCUAAUAUAUAUAUAUUUGUAUUUCAUUUUGGUAUAGUAUUUUUCUAUGUUAAAGAGUAAGUCUGUUUCUGGAAGCUUUGGGACUGGUGGAAAGGCUUUCAGUUGGUUCCCUAGGUGUUUUUAUUUGUUGAUCACACUCGCUCCAACAAGGUAAUUAAAUACAUGAAUUGGCCACAAAUACAGCAGCUGGUUGGCCUUGUUGUAUAGAAGGCAGUAUUGGUCUAGAAAUGUGUGUAAUAUUGUAUAUGUUGUCUUCCAUGUGAAUAUUACAUCUAAUUCAUGAAAGUCUGUGCUUGUUUUUAUUUAUUUUAUCUAAAGGCGUUUUCUGUAGAAAAGGGCGCACAUGUUGCUGACUUUCAAAUAUUUUAAAACAUUUCAAAAAGAUGAAAAAAGGUAAAAAAUAAAGAAUAAAAAUACAUCUGUAAGGUAUUUGUAACAUCACUUAAUAACAAGUUACAGCAGUGUUUUCCUCCUCUCUGGCUCAUACAUUCCUCAUUCGCUGCAGGAGCUGGAGAGGUCAGAGCCGGGAUCAAGAGAUGUCCCCCCCCCUCAAAUUUACCUUGUAAUUACCAUACCACGGCUUAAAGGCUUCUGAUUGUUUUCAUGUUCAUUUUGUUGAAGUGUCCUGUUGUAUUUCUACCAUUUUAAUUUGAGAUAUGUUUGCCAUAGAGGUGUUUUUAGUUCAUUAGUCAAGCUCAACUGAUCAUAAGCUGCUGUCAAGCCACAAAAAGGAUGAAAUGCUUCUGAGGACGAUGAUCAUGUUAAGGUUUAUCAUUCGAGAUCGGUCUGAAUAGGCGACCGUGUGAAGCGUUACAUGCCUACUACUGACGGAUCAUAAAUGAGAGAGGUCUGGACAUUUCAAUGUUUGUCGGUUCUAUCUGGCGAUCCACACAAAAAAGUAAUAAAUGGUGCCAAUUACAGUGAACACAACAGUCAUACCUGAAUGUAUAAAUGUGUAUAGAUAAAUAUGACCUAUGCUUAUUCAUGAAGUGGUAACUUUUAGCUGUUAUUUAGUUUCCAAUGUAAAAUAUAGAAAUCACAUACUGUUCAAUAAGUAACAGUCCAUCAGGAUGGCUUAAGGCAUUGUUCUUCCUGCAGAUUUGGAUUGUGUUCAUCCAUUUCGCCGAUCUAAAUGUCUCUUUAUAGUGUGAAAAGCUGCAGAGCCAGUUCUCAGCUUGGUACAUUGCACACAGAGCUUCUAUUCAUAUUGCUACCCAUGUUAACUUUGUUUUACAUGCUGUAGAUGUGAUCCAAGUGUUGUACAAUAACUUUAAUAGAAGAUCUCGUAAAGGAUGCUUAUGAACAGUCACUGUAACUCUUAGGCUGUGUGCCUCGUAAAGGUGCAUAUGUAGUUGAACGUGGCUUUCUUUUCAUGUCUCCUUUCCUUCCUCUGCACUGAUCUAUACUGGACUGGUGCAUUCAACUUUCUGGUAGACAUCUUAGUGGUGCUUGUGCUAUAUUGAGAUGUAAUUCAGUUAUCUGGUCACAUACCAGAAACACAUAUUUUUCAUCCUAUGAACUAUAUACAUAAAUAUGUUAUUGUAAACGACACGAUGUCUCUGUUGUAUUGAAAUGGUGCAAACACUAAAAAAUAUCCCUCGUUGGGUUCUGUCUAUUUGCUUUUUGUUACAGGAUAGAUGGUGGGAUUAAGCGGAAAAAAUCCCAAUAUUGCUGAAUGUAUGUAGUGCCACCGACAAAAUGUUUACCAAACCUCCACUCUUUUUCAUUAAUUAAACUUAAAUGUGUGUGCUUU